CAUUCAUCAAUCAGCACGACUAUAAAACUCCGGAACCAUCCUCCACCAUUACCGCAUUGUAUAACAAAAACAUCCUACUCACCCACCACAAAAACCUUACCGCAAGCUCGCUCCCACAAAAACACUAAAUGACUACUAACAACAACACCAUCGACCAAAUCACUAUCCAGACAGAGGUACAGAUACUUACAAAAUGUACAACCGCUUCACCCCCGAAGAGUGGGCACAAGAAAACUACUACGCCUACUCGCACGACAUCUCGCCUCCCCGCAAUCGCCACGAAGAACCAAGACCAGGGUACCACACAAACGACUACCGUACCGUCAGUCCGAUAAGAGAAGUAUCAGGAUUGCAGAGACCACGUGUUAAUUCUAUUCGCCAACCGCCACCAUGUGGGGUGGGCUGGUGGAAUGGAGACGAAGGACUGAGGGACUAUCGGGGUAGAGCGUACUGGAGGAGACGAUGAGAUGGGCUUGUGCAGGAUUUAGGUGGCUGAGAUAUCAAAUUCAAACGAUUACCGUACUGUCAGUCUAACC